AUGAAGGGUUUCAAGAUAAAGGUCGGCCAGCUGGGCAGGAAGAAUUCCGCCGAUUCCACCUCUUCCAAGGGCAAGGAGCCCAAGGCUGCUGCUGCUGCGGCCGCUACCGGCCUCCCCCCUCCGCCUCCCCCCAACUCUGCUAAGCCACUUCCUCCCACUCAACCUAUAGCCCAGUUGAGCACUCCCGGCCAGCUCCCUGCCACCAACGGAUCUGCGUCCGCUGCUCCCGGCCGUACCACUGGUGUCCCUGCCCCUGCAGACCGCAGGUUCACCCCCGGACAACCCGGGGGAGCACCGCCCAUUGUUGUCGUCAGUCCUGACGCCUCUGGUGAGGACAGACUUGGCAGUGACGGCCCCAUAACUCCACCCCGUGCCGUGUCUCUUACCAACCGCGGUCUUCGGCCUGCACCCAAGGAUACCAUUCCGAUAACCGGUAAACCUCCCCGCAAGCAGCGCAGCAGUCGCUUUGUUGUGAAUGAGAGAGUCGAGAUCGAAAGGUUACCGGCAUUCAAUGAAACUCCCGCGAGCGACCGCCCUCAACUCUUCAUCCGGAAACUCCAUCAAUGUGCUGUCGUCUUCGACUUCAACGACGCCAAUGCAGAACUCAAAGGCAAGCAGAUCAAGACGCAAACGCUCCAUGAGAUGCUGGAGUACAUCACGACCCAGCGGGGCGUGAUUACCGAGAACGUAUACCCCGAGGUGGUGAAAAUGUUCGCUACCAAUCUCUUCCGCUCUAUACCCCCUCCUGUCAACCCGACAGGCGAUGCUUUUGACCCUGAAGAGGACGAGCCUGUGUUGGAGCUUGCCUGGCCUCAUCUCAAGAUUGUCUACGAAUUCUUCCUCCGUUUCGUUGAGAGCGCGGACUUCAACACCAACCUUGCCAAGCGCUACAUUGACCAGUCGUUCGUGCUCAAUUUGCUGGAAUUGUUCGAUUCGGAAGAUCCUCGCGAGCGGGAUUUCCUCAAGACCACACUCCAUCGGAUAUAUGGCAAAUUCCUCAAUCUUCGCGCACCGAUCCGCAGGAGCAUCAACAACGUGUUUUUCCACUUCAUCUACGAGACUGAAAGGCACAACGGCAUCGCGGAGCUGCUAGAGAUCUUGGGAUCCAUCAUCAACGGCUUCGCCCUUCCCCUCAAAGAAGAGCACAAAACAUUCCUCAUGCGUUCCCUCAUCCCGUUGCACAAGGUCAAGAGCCUUUCGAUGUACCAUCCACAGCUAGCCUAUUGCGUCGUUCAGUUCCUUGAAAAGGACGCCGCAUUGGCAGAAGACGUCGUGCUCGGUCUUCUCAAGUUCUGGCCCAAAGUCAACUCUCCCAAGGAGGUUAUGUUCCUCAGCGAGAUGGAGGAGGUGCUUGAUGUAAUUGAUCCUGCGGAGUUCCAGAAGAUACAAGAGCCGCUUUUCCAGCAACUGGCACGCUGCAUCAACAGCCAACACUUCCAAGUCGCAGAACGUGCUUUGAUGUACUGGAACAACGAGUACAUAGUCAACCUCAUGAGCGACAACCUCUCUGUCAUCCUUCCCAUCGUUUUCCCGGCCUUGUACACAAAUUCGCGAUCACAUUGGAAUCGCACGAUCCAUGCUCUGGUAUACAACGCGCUCAAGCUCUUCAUGGAGAUCAACCCAGAUCUGUUCGAUGAGGUCAUGCAGCACUACAAGCAGCGGAAAAUCGAUGAGCGGCAACACGCCAUUACACGAUAUGAAGAAUGGCAGAAGUUGCGGGAGCUGGCACUCCAAAACUGCGGCGGCAAGUUGCCACCGAACUUUGUCGAUGUGGAACCCACGCCUCCACCGCCGCCAGUCGAAGAUCUCGACAUCAUGGACUUGUCAAUUGACCUCAACGCCGUGUCGAUCGACGCGGAGGUCCCUCUCAACGAGCUCGAUGACUCGGGCAUCGAACGGGUACCAAUGGCGGAUCCUGGGAUGGAUGUGCCAUUCCCAGAGGUGGGCUCUGAGCAUUCCUCCCCGGGCGGACUGCACUCUCGGCGGAAGAGUGCAUUACCGGUGGAUCCGACGGUCCUACGGGAUCUCCAAGCCCACCGCAGUCUGGAGGAUACUGUUGCGCCACGCGGACACCCGGCAGGAGACAUUUAA